UUCUUUACCAAACCGACUGACCAACAUUCUACACUCCGACAAAAAGAACCGAAAUCUACAGCCAUGGCUGAAGCCGUCGAUGAAUCUCAACACCAGAUCCCUCCACAGGGAAAAUCACCAGUAUCCUUCAGCAUCUGGCCACCAACGCAGCGCACCCGUGACGCCGUCACCACCCGUCUCAUUGAGACAUUCACCGCUCCUUCAAUCCUCUCCCAGCGCUACGGAUCAAUCCCACAAGACGAGGCCGAAAAGGAAGCGCACCGGAUCGAGCGCGAGGCAUACGAGAGUGUAGCUAAUUCCUCUGCAACAGAGGACGACGGCAUCGAAGUUCUCCAAACCUAUUCAAAAGAGAUUAGCAAGCGCAUGCUUGAGGUCAUCAAGGGCAGAUCUGUCACCUCCAAAGCGGCAGACGACAGUACCGUUGCUGAGACUGCGGCUGUUGAUCCAUCGGAGUCUGUUACUGAUGAAAACCCAUCUGCCGUCAACACUGAAUCGUAAGCUUUGUUGGGUUUGCGUUUUUUCUUGUCGCUUGUUAAGUUAGGUUUUUGGCAAAUCUGUAUUUCGUCCUUCUUUCACACUUCCCUGACUGCAACUUUUCAUCACGAGUAUCAUUAAAUGGAUAUAUUUGGUUUAUUAUAGUUGUAUUCUUGCUGAUGAUUAUUCUAGGAUUGAAUUACUACAAUAGAUUGGGAUGAUCUAUUUGAAUUAGAUGAUGCUUGAAAUGCCAUAUCCCCACAUUCUUGAUUACA